AUGCUUAGAAAUGCUACGAGAUCUGUUGCCAGAUCGGCUUUUUUUCCGGCCAAAAAUUUGAGGGUAUUGGCAAAUUUUUCAGCCCCCUCGGUCUGUGUGCCUUAUCAGACAGGAAGCACUGUUUGCAAACCACUGGGAUGUCGGAGAUACAUGGCCACCCAGGGAGAAAAAGCAGAGAUAUCGUCUAAGAAGUACGGCUCUGUUUGGGACCCCAAGACUCUUGAUUCGAGUUACGACCAGUUGGCUGCUUUGGACACAUUUGCCAGAAGGCACUUGGGGCCCUCUCCAGACGAGGUCUCCCAAAUGCUUUCAGUGGUUAAACAGGGUGAUCUCGAGAACUUUAUCAAGAGCGUGGUACCCGAAAAUGUGCUGGUUAGAAGACCAUUGAAAAUCCAACCGGCAAAGGGAUAUUCCGAGUCCGAGAUGCUGGUCAAGCUGAAGGAGAUUGCUUCCAAGAACAAGACCACCAAGUCGCUGAUUGGAAAGGGCUACUAUGGAACUAUCAUGCCCCCAGUCAUCCAGAGAAACCUCCUGGAGAACCCGGGAUGGUACACGUCUUACACACCUUACCAGCCCGAGGUAUCGCAAGGUCGGCUGCAGAGUCUUUUAAACUUCCAGACCAUGAUCACCGAUCUUACUGGAUUGCCCGUCGCUAAUGCAUCAUUACUUGACGAGGGAACUGCAGCAGCCGAGGCGAUGCUUUUGAGUUAUCAUGGGCUCAGAGGAAAGAAGAAGACGUAUGUGGUGGACGGCAAAGUCCACGAGCAGACCCUGGCUGUGAUCAAGAGCAGAGCAAGUACGUCAGAUAUUGACAUUCUGAUUGCAGACUUGGGCUCAGAUGAAGGACUGGAGCUCUUGAAAGCCAAAAAGGAAGAUGUAUGCGGUGUUUUGGUUCAAUAUCCAGCCACCGACGGUUCCAUUGGUUCCAUCAAGAGGUACAUCGAAAUCUCCGAAAUAGUCCACGCAAAUAAGGGUCUUUUUUCCGUUGCCUCGGAUUUAUUGGCUCUUACCUUGUUGCACCCACCUUCAACUUUUAAUGCCGACAUUGUGCUUGGUAAUUCGCAGAGAUUUGGUGUUCCAAUGGGCUACGGUGGGCCACAUGCGGCGUUCUUCGCAGUCCAGGAAAAGCUGCAAAGAAAAAUGCCUGGUAGGUUAAUUGGUGUUUCCAAGGACCGUCUUGGCAACCCAGCUUUGAGGUUGGCUUUGCAGACUCGUGAACAGCACAUAAAGAGAGAAAAGGCUACCUCCAACAUUUGCACUGCCCAGGCCCUGCUGGCUAACAUAGCUGCUAUGUAUGCCGUCUACCACGGUAUUGGAGGUCUCAGAGAAAUUUCUUCGAGAGUUUUUGGUCUCACAAAACUGCUGGCUACUCAAAUUUCAGAGAACUCGCAGCACGUGGUUUUGACCAAAAGCUUUUUUGACACCUUUGCAGUCCAAUUGAAGGGAGAGUCUGCAGACUCAUUCCUGGCCCGUGCUGUUUCUGAUUAUGGUUUUAAUUUGUUCAAGGUGAACGAUACCACUGUUCAAUUGUCUUUGGAUGAAACUGUCACCAAAGAAAAUCUUUCUGGGCUAAUUGAGCUUUUCACUGGAGCCUCUGGGGCCCUGGCCAAUGUCACCCAAUUGCCAGUCUUCAGCUCUGAAUGGACCAGAAAAGACCAAAUUUUAAGCCAUCCUGUGUUCAACACUUAUCACACUGAAACUUCCAUGCUGAGAUAUCUUUUUGCCUUACAGCAGAAGGAUAUUUCGUUGGCGAGCUCCAUGAUCGCGUUGGGUUCGUGCACCAUGAAGUUGAACGCUACAGUUGAGAUGGUUCCUCUUUCUUGGCCUGAAUUUGGAAAUCUUCAUCCAUUCGUUCCUAAGGACCAAGCUGCUGGUUACACUCAACUUAUAAAUGAGCUGGAGGCUGAUUUGGCCGAUAUCACUGGCUUUGCUGCCACCACGCUCAUGCCGAACUCAGGUGCUCAGGGCGAGUUCACCGGUCUGAGUGUAAUCAGAAAAUACCUGGAAUCAAAAGGAGAAUCCUCUCGAAAUGUGGUUUUGAUUCCAGUAUCUGCUCAUGGUACCAACCCUGCUUCUGCUGCAAUGGCUGGACUGAAGGUUGUUGCUGUGAAGUGCCUGGCCAAUGGGUCUUUGGACCUGGCCGAUUUGGCUGAAAAAGCUGCCAAACACUCUGCCAAUUUGGCUGCCGUGAUGAUAACAUAUCCUUCUACAUAUGGGCUUUUUGAGCCAAGUAUCAGAGACGCCAUUGAUAUCAUCCACUCCCAUGGCGGACAGGUGUAUCUGGACGGUGCCAACAUGAAUGCUCAGGUAGGUCUGACAUCACCCGGUGACCUGGGAGCUGAUGUUUGCCAUCUCAAUUUGCACAAGACCUUCGCCAUUCCUCACGGAGGUGGAGGGCCUGGUGUGGGACCCAUUUGUGUGAGAGAGCACCUGGUUCCGUUCCUGCCAACCCACCCUGUGAUCGAGACUUCCCACACGAACUCACAAAGUAUUGAGGCUGUGGCUGCUGCUCCUUUUGGAUCGGCCUCUAUCUUGCCUAUCAGUUACUCUUAUAUCAAGAUGAUGGGUGGUGAUAAUAUCCAGUACUCUUCCAUCAUCGCUAUCCUAAAUGCCAACUACAUGAUGUACAGGCUCAAGGACUACUAUGAGAUCAUGUUCUUGGGCUCCAGUGCCAAGUCGGAGUCUGCUAUCAAAUACUGUGGACACGAGUUUAUCAUUGACCUCAGACCUCUCAAAUCACUUGGUGUUGAGGCCAUUGAUGUUGCCAAGAGACUGCAAGACUAUGGUUUCCAUGCUCCUACAAUGUCUUUCCCUGUCCCAGGCACCUUGAUGGUGGAGCCCACCGAGUCGGAGAACCUGGACGAGCUGAACAGAUUUGUAGACGCUAUGAUCUCCAUUCGCAAGGAAAUCGAUGCCUUGGGCAAUGGAGAGUCUUGGGGCCAGGUGUUGAAGAAUGCUCCACACGAUCUGAAGGACGUGGUCGGUGGUGACUGGGAAGGAAGAGGUUACACCAGAGAACAGGCUGCUUUCCCUCUUCCAUUUUUGAAGGAGAACAAGGUUUGGCCAACAGUUGCAAGAGUUGACGAUACUUUCGGAGACAUGAAUCUGAUGUGUACCUGUCCAUCGGUGGAAGAGGUCAGUGAGUACUAG